AUGAUCAACUUGCGUCGCCUGACAUUCAACGUCAGUCAGCCUUGCCGUGAUGAAAUUGAUCUGGACUUGGACCUCGACGAGAUCUCGAGGGGAAUAUGCACCGUGUCAGCUGGCCCACCUGACGUUGAGUCUGAUGGCGAGCUGCUUACCGAGGAACCCUCAGAGGCGACAAAUUGCCACUCCUCCACGACCGAUUAUGUUUCAUUUGAUGCUACCCAUGAGCGACCUUCAGAUGGCACAUGUCCUCGAGUUUCGUCUUCUACGACUGGAUCCGUGCACCGGAGAGAUGAUUGCGCAGGAUAUCUUUCUCUUACCGCGAGUCGAGACUUUCCUGGAGAAUCUUCACCGCUUGCAGGCACAGAUAUUCGACAUACUUCGCCUGACUGCAGUGGGAAUCCGCUUGCCAUCAAUCCGAAUGCUGGUGCGACCGCUCGCGAGGGCUCUCCCGUUUCACAACCAGGUAUGCAGCCCGUGUACUGA